AUGACGUAUUCCUCUCUAUAUACCGUUUUUUCCAUACCAUACGUCACUUAUGUCGUUUUAUCAUUGUACAAAGGCUUGUUGAGAAGAGACAGACAUCAAAGUUAUCCAUUGCUUCCCAAAUUUGGUCAACCUUCAAACUCGGAACCGUUGGAAGAGAUUUUAGGUAGGACCGUACGAUUUACAAAAGGAAGUGGACAAAUAUAUUAUCCGCAAAAAUUGGGAUCUCUAUGUGAGCCUGCGGGACAACAUAAGGGAAUAAUGGAAAAUUUGGGACAAAAACAGUAUGUUAGGGACAUAGGUGCACUUGAAUCCGCUCUUCAUAGACCACAGUGGAUGUUUGAUUAUUCAGAAGUUCAAUCGAUUCCUUCACCUUUUAGAAUGGCCGCCGGCCUUGGAUAUGAUUAUCAGUGUUGA